GGAAGUCAGCCCUUUCCUUUCCCGAUGAAAGCCAGAGUUUUGGUGUCCCUUGGUAGUUUCCAAUCAGACAUUAACACAAACAGUUGGUUUGGUAAUUGGAAGAGAUGAAGUACGUAUUGGUGACUGGAGGAGUGGUGAGUGGGCUUGGCAAAGGCGUUACGGCGAGUAGUAUCGGCGUGGUGCUUAAAGCUUGUGGCCUUGGAGUUACCUCCAUUAAAAUUGAUCCAUAUCUGAACACUGAUGCUGGUACAAUGUCCCCUUUUGAGCAUGGAGAGGUUUUUGUACUCGAUGAUGGUGGAGAGGUUGAUCUUGAUUUGGGAAACUACGAAAGAUUUCUCGAUGUGACACUAACCAAAGACAACAACAUAACCACUGGGAAGAUAUAUCAGUCUGUUCUUGACAAGGAACGGAAAGGCGACUACCUUGGGAAGACUGUUCAGGUUGUUCCACACAUUACUGAUGCAAUCAAGGAUUGGAUUGAGUCAGUCUCUCUGAUUCCUGUGGAUGGAAAGGAAGGCCAAGCUGAUGUUUGUGUUAUUGAGUUGGGAGGGACUGUUGGUGACAUCGAGUCAAUGCCUUUUAUCGAGGCCUUGAGACAAUUGUCAUUCUCUGUUGGACCGGAUAAUUUCUGCCUGAUUCACGUGAGCUUGAUUCCCGUUCUUGGUGUUGUUGGGGAGCAGAAAACAAAGCCAACCCAACACACUGUCCGAGAACUAAGAGCUUUGGGAUUGACUCCUCACUUUUUGGCAUGUCGCUCUGCUCAGCCACUGCUGGAAAGUACCAAGGCUAAAUUGUCUCAGUUCUGUCAUGUGGCGGCAGCUAAUAUUCUCAAUAUCCAUGAUGUUCCAAACAUUUGGCAUGUUCCUCUCCUACUCCGUAAUCAAAACGCUCAUCACUCGAUUCUCAAACAACUGAAUCUAACUAACGUUGCGACAGCACCUGAUCUGGAUAGCUGGAAUAAGAUGGCUGAAACUUUUGAUAACUUGACAAAUCAUGUCCAAAUUGCUAUGGUUGGAAAGUACAUUGGUCUAACGGAUUCUUAUCUCUCGGUUGUGAAGGCCCUUCUUCAUGCCUGCAUUGCAUGUUCAUUGAAGCCACAUAUCGAAUGGAUCGCAGCUUCAGAUCUUGAAGACGAAAGUGAGAAAUCGACUCCGGAGGCGCAUGCUGCUGCUUGGAAGAUCUUGAAGAGCGCAGAAUGCAUUCUGGUUCCUGGUGGUUUUGGAGAUCGUGGUGUGAGUGGAAUGGUUUUAGCAGCCAAAUACGCUAGAGAGAACAAAAUUCCUUAUCUUGGGAUCUGCUUGGGGAUGCAAAUUGCAGUAAUUGAGUUUGCAAGAUCUGUUUUGGGUUUGGAAAGAGCAAAUAGCACUGAGUUCGAUGCUCAGACAUCUGACCCUGUUGUUAUAUUUAUGCCAGAAGGCUCAAGAACACAUAUGGGAAGCACAAUGAGACUUGGAUCCCGAAGAACACAUUUACACAACCGAGACUCUCUCACUUCAAAACUGUAAGUUUAAAAAUUGCAUUGAGAAUCCUUCAGUUCACGGUUUUAAAGACAGCAAGUUGUUUUUUCUCCGGGCAUUUACCAGAUACGGCCAAGUUUCUUAUGUAGACGAAAGGCAUAGGCACCGUUACGAGGUAACCUAAGCUGGUCUAAGUGAAUGUAUCUAUCUGUAGCAAUGAUGUGAAUAAGGUUGUUUUUGUUUGAUGAUGUUAGGUGAAUCCAGAAGUAGCUCAAGCACUUGAAGAAGCUGGUUUAAGAUUUGUGGGUAAAGAUGAUACAGGGAAACGUGUUGAGGUGAUUGAGUUUCAAGAUCAUCCAUUCUAUGUUGGAGUUCAGUUUCAUCCAGAAUUUAAGUCAAGACCCACUAGACCUUCUCCUCUGUUUUUAGGGUUUAUAUUGGCUGCGAGGAAGCUUCUUCAAGCCCAUUUAAGCAAUUGAGUCGAUGAAGCUCGACCUCUUUCUUCUUCAUCGUCGUUUUACAUUUUGUAUAUAUUAUAAGAAAUGAAUAAAGCUGACAUUUAUAAUAAGAGCCUUAAAUUGAAGGCAAGACUCACUUAUUCACUCACUGACAAGUGAGAAUAGAUGAACAAAAAGAAAGAUAAUAAGAAUAUAUUCAUUUCAUCUCAUUUGGAUAAUAGAGAUUAGAGAGGAG